AUGGGUGGACAUCGACGCGACCAAAGUGAUUCCCAUGUACCUCUUCGGCAAUCUAUCGAGUUUCAACAAUGUAUUUCAAGUAAUAGUGAAGAUCAGAUUCGGUCUCCCACUGAAGCAUCGUUGAAUAUCGCCGAGCCAGUACCUAAUGGAACAGUCAGCUCCAUAACCUCAGUCGAUUUGCCGAUUUAUCACAAUGAUUGCAUUAUUCAUCGACAACGAAGAGCAUGGCAAAAGGAAGCAUUGAAAACAUGUGCUGCAUUUUUUUGCUUGUUAAUAUCGGCGUUCCUCAAUUUUUUUCUACUCACUGUGAUUCACGAUAUAGUACCGAGAGAACCCCUUCCAGACCUCGUUUUUAUGCUGAUACCACAGCAGAGGUGGGCUUGGGUUGUCGGAGAUAUAUUUUCCACUUUAAAUGCUGUACUUGGCUUCACAUGUGUUCUGUUGCAUAAGAAACGGUUAAUAGUAUUUCGUCGUGUGCUAUUACUUGGGGGAAUUAUGUAUGGUUUACGGGCAGUAGUUCUUGGACUGACGUUUUUACCUCCAUCAUUUCAAAAUCGUGAUGAAAUAUGCUUACCGCAAGUUAACAGAACUGCCAUGUAUGCUACGGAAAUAACAACAAGAUUUGUAACAUAUGUUAUAACGUUGGGUCUAACUUCGGGUCAGGACAAGAUUCUUUGUGGCGAUCUCAUGUUCAGCGGUCACACCGUUGUAUUAACGAUCAUGUACUUCACCUUACUUCAAUACACGCCAAGGAGAUUGGUCUAUUUACGAUACAUCGCAGCACCAUUAACAUACAUCGGAAUAGCAGCACUGGUCAUUUCGGGCGGUCAUUAUACAAUGGAUGUACUCAUAGCUUACUGGCUGACCAGUCAUAUCUUUUACGCUUACCAUCAAGUUUUUGAAAUGCCGAGAGUAGAAAGGACCAAGGCACCUCUUUCUCAUUUAUGGUGGUUUUGGUUAUGUUAUUGGUUUGAAAGCGAUGUGCCAGACGGUGCAUUACGAAACGAAUGGGAUUGGCCAUUACCGGGUCCAAUCUGUAUACAUCAUUUUGUUCAACGAAUAAGCGAUAAAUUACAAUAG